UCAAUUAUAACUUGGUCAAUUUGCAAUCCCUUCAGUACCUACGUCAAAUCCCAAAGCCGAAGCAAGCAAUACAAUCGGAAAACCAGUGAACAGAGGAACAGCAUCAGCAGCAAUGCUUCACUCAUCCAUCCUCGCCAUCACGGCUCUCUUCCUCUCCGCGACGACAUCCGUCAUCGCCCUCCCAGCAGCUGAAGCUGACUUGGCGGCUCUUGAACACGACACCGCUGAUGUCGCCGCCCAUCUGCUCAAGCGUGCUUCGCCUGGCCCAACCGACACCACCUUUAUUAAGAACGUUCUUAAUACCGUCAACCCCAUUAGGUCCAAGUACAAGGCCAACCCCCUCGCUUGGGAUGCCACGCUUGCGAGCUUUGCGUUGAAAAAGUCCAACGGUUGUAUGCUCAAUCAUACGGGCCCCUAUGGCGAAAACGCCUACUGGUGGUGGACCAUUCCGGCAACGAGCACUCCCAACUUUGCUACCACCGUCACCAACGCCUUUAAGUCCUGGACCUCCCAGGCGGAGAUUUCCGCCUACCAACAAGGUGAUCUGCUCGGCGGCGGCCACUUUACGCAGACGGUGUGGAAGGCGAGUACGCGAAUUGGGUGCGCGUUUAGCACCAAUAGAUGCGUGCAGAAUCCGAAUCAGGAUUGGUGGUUUUAUUGCGAGUUUUCGCCUAGGGGGAAUUUGGUGGGUGCUUAUCCUGGGAAUGUCACGGUGGUUUGAAUGAGAUGUUUUGAGAAUGUGGGAGGGAGGAGGAGAGGUGAAGGGAGAGACAGUAGUGAUAGGGUAGAUGCUCCAGAGUACGGAUGCGAGGAAUGAAAGGGAUGGGUUGGAGGGAAUG